AUGAACUCAAAAAAAAAUGAUGUGUUUAGUUUAACAAGGCCUCAAAUGUGCUAAGAUCAUAAUAAAAAACUAUAAUUAGUUUGUUCUGAUCCUGAAUGUAAGGAACAUGGCUUGAUUUGCAUUGAUUGCCUACUUAACAAUCAUUAAGAUUGCAAAGCUUAUAUUAAAAAGUAUGAUGAAUUUCUGUAGUCUUUGUAUAAAGAAAUAGAAAGAGUUCAAUGUAUGAAGGAGAAAGUAAAAAUAGUAUUUAAUUUUGAAGAGGUUUUAGGAUGCAUAAUCUAUUCUACUAAGUUUAGGGAAAUUAUAACAAAAAUUUAAUGAUAUCAUUCUAACUCUGUAAUUAGUAAUAGAAUAUUUUAAUUUUUAAGAAUAUUGAAACUUUCCUAUAAGAAUUCAAUUAAGAGGACGACAACCAAAUAAUGAUAAAGAAAUUGUUUUAGGCUAAUUUUGAAAGUGAAAAUGAAUCAAUAAAAUACCUAAUAUAAAAUCUAGGCAAGCUUUCUUAUAAAGAACAGGAAUGUCCAUGGGAGUCUUAAGGAAUAUAAAUUGUCGAAAGUCUCUCUAAAAUUCUAUAAGGCAUGAAGAAUUUAGAGUUUUUAGAAUAAAAACAGCCCAUAGUUUCAUCAAAAUAUUAAAAGGUCAAGGGAAUAGAAGAUUUAAAAGGAAUAAAUUAUAGCAUUCCAAAACUUCGGAUAAUAUUGUAUUCAUUUAAGUAAAUUAAUUAGAUAAGAAAACAAUUGGGUAGGUGUAAGAAAUAUAUUCCCAAAAUUUGUUGCUUUAAAUAAUUUAUAAAUUACUGCCGUCAAAUCCCCUUUAAAAGCUCAAAUUUUAGAAGAAAUAAUUAGUGCAAUGCAAUACUUGCCUAGAUUAGAAAAAGUUAAGAUAAACCUUAUUGGUUCAAAUGCAAAUGAUUAAACAUUAAGAUUGAUUCUAAAAAUCAUCACUAGUAAAAACUUGACCGAAUUCGGAAUUUCAUUUGGAUAUAGUUAAAUUUUAUCAGAUGAGUUUAUUAGAUAAAUAAAUUAGUUUAAAGAAUAACUAAAGGGAAUAUCGAAGAUAUAUAUAAGUAAUCAGCUACAUGAAUUUACGGAGAAGCAACAAAAGAUGCUGAAAACAUACAUAAGUUAAAUUGAAUUUAUCAUGUGA